AUGGAAAAUCUGAAUGUUUGCGUAGACGACGAGCAAGUGGUGCAGAAACAGGGAUGUUGUAGUGGUGGUUUAUGCAGAGAGGAGGGUGAGGCAGAGCGAGGCAGCCGGCGUAGGAAUGUUGAUGGCACUGCCAGAGUUAGAGGAAACAACAGAAGAGCUGAGCUUCUUGACUACGCCAAGCAUCUCCGGUCUCCUGCAACUGUAACUGCACCUCAAUCACCUCCACCAUCUCACAUCAAACAAAAACAGGCUUUGGGUGCUGAUGGAGGAAGAAAGCAAAACAAUUUGAGUACUCCAACGUGUUCCAACAAAUGGAGCUUUGUAGUAACAAGAUUUCUGGGAUGUAUGAGGGGCCCCAAAACCACCAAAGAUAAGAAGAAAAAGAAUCAUAAGAGCAAUGUGAAAGCUCUUAUACACAGUUUUCAGACAAAGAAACGGGGAGCUUCGUAUCAAAAUUGCUUGCAGCGUUGCAGAAACGACGUUAGGAAAGACUCAUCUCGAGUCGUGUGUUGCUUACACCGAGGUGAAGGAGAUCUUCCAGCUAACAAGUUGAGUACUGCAGAUUUAAGAGUUAUUCUUAAAAUUUAG